AUGCGAUUACCGGCCUCCAAAACAGCCGCUCUACAUAGAAAUGUAGCCCAUCGUGCUGCCUGUCUCGCCUUAUACCGCAGACUCCUCAAGCACACCCAAAAAACCACCACCCUCACACUCCCCUCCACAUCCACAGAAACACCCCCACCACCUCCCCCACCCUCUCAACUCGGCCGAUCCAUAAAAUCCAUCGUCACCCGUGAAUUCAGAAAAUACGGUACCUGCGACACCGCAAUCGUCAAGAUCCGCGCUGCCUUAACAUUAGGUUACAAAGCUGAAAAAUGCCUUCGUCUCGCAACCGCUGUCCCACCUGACCCCAUCGAACUUGCGAGGUUAUCUGCAUUCCUAAAUCUCUAUCGUCAACGCCGUGAAGCCCCUCCGCUGGUUCGAAUGCAAGCAGCGAAUAUUACUGUUCAGCCAAAACCAAAACCAAAACCUCCCAAACCUGUCAACCCGAAUUUAUCCCUCUUACCUUUCGAUCUCCGUUUCAAACCUACAAUAAUUGGUGGUAACACCAUACCCUUCAUUCGAUACACCGGAACGAAACAAUCUCCAGAAUUAUCCGGGAUAUUAAACAAGAAAAUAAAACAGAAGGUUAAACGUGAUGAUUUGCUGGAUCAAUUGAAACAAGAUAGGGAGUAUGCGAACGCGGAGGAUAUUUUUGAAAAUGAAUUAUGGAAUGAAGCGGGGAGGGAGUGGAGGAAGGAGAAUCCGGAUGAGAAUCCUACGGUAGAUGGGUACUGGAAAACAGAGGUGACACGGGCACAAAUGAGAUUGCAGCUUAAACUGUGGGCUCAUCAGGUUUCGGUAUGGGAGAGGUCUGGGAGGUGUAUGGAUAGGAUUGAGGAUCAUAAAAGAAGGGUCAAGGAGUUUAUGGCAAAGUUAAAAGCGGAGAAGAUGAAAAAGAAAGGAACGAGCGAGAAUGUUGAACAAAUUGGAGAUUCCGGCAGCGAGAUAGAGAAUAGUGUGGGAAAGGUUGGGGUAGUGGGGGAAAGAGAUAUCGGUGGCUUGGAUUCUGAUGUGGAGGGCUUUGAAUCAACAGGGGAACCAAGGGUUGAAGGGAUUGAGAGUCAGGAACAAUACUCCGACAGCAUUGAUUCACAAAUGGAAGCCCUGAAUGCACAAUUGAAGGCAGCGGGGCUCGACCUCGGCCCACAGCCGAUAGCGUCCGCGAAGAAACCUAGAGCUGAGACGAAGAAACCGGAACCGCAGCCAAGGUCAGAGCCAGAGCCAGAGCUUGACGACAUGGAUGCUGAAAUGGAGGCCCUCAAUGCGCAACUUCGAGCAGCUGGCUUUAACCCAACAUCACGAAUUCCCAACCCCAGGAAAUCCGGUCGUGGUAAUAAGUUCGAACCCCGACGCUACAGCCGUGAUGAUAACUUCGAACCAAGAGAUUACAACCACCGUAACAAUAACUUCGAACCAAGAGACCACGGCCGUAAAGACAACUUCAGAUCUAGAGAUUACAACAGCCGCGGCGGGAGAACAGACACCCGCCAAAACUCCUAUUCAAGAUCACGCUAUGAUAACUACGACGACAGAAGCCCUCGAGAGCCAAGACCACGAUAUAAUAAUCGCGACAGUAACAGGCUUCCUAGAGAAUCAAAACCACGAUCAAAACGGCAACCUAGCCCGAAACGUCAAGAGGAUGAACAUCACGGUAGACAAGAAGGCCAAAAGGAAAACAGGCACGCCCAAAGAUCUGACAAUGGAGCUAUGCUGGCAGGGAAGGGAGUAAGGUCCCGAAGAGGACUUGACAUUGGUAAAAUUUUUGGUUCGGAGGAACCUAAGUGA